AUGGAGCUAACAUGUUGUGAAGCAGCUAUCGUAUUAUUAUACUUCCCACGAACGCAGGUUGUUGGAGUGGCGGCAAAAAGAGCAAAGCCAGAUCAAACGCUGCGUAUCUCUGCAGGACGUGAGCAGUGGAGACGCGAGGAACGCGAGAGACGCGAGAAACGCGAUCAGUGGGAACGCGAGGAACGCGAGAGACGCGAGAGACGUGAGCAGUGGGAACGCGAGGAACGCGAGAGACGCGAGAGACGUGAGCAGUGGGAACGCGAGGAACGCGAGAGACGCGAGAGACGUGAACAGUGGGAACGUGAGGAACGCAAGGAACGUGACAGACGUGAGCAGUGGGAACGCGAGGAACGCGAGAGACGCGAGAGACGUGAGCAGUGGGAACGCGAGGAACGCGAGGAACCUAAGCCAUAUCUUCCACCUUCUCUAUUAGCAGUGAAUUAA